CCAAUUUGAGAAACCCUGCCAACUUGUUAUCUAGCCAUGCAACGCUGUCAUAGCGCCAUUUUCUAAGUUAUAGAGUUGCAUAGCAACACCCUAUUAGAUUAAUUUGAAACGACCUAAUUAUAUAGGGUGUAUAAAGCUUCAGAGUUUUAGAAAAAGUUUCACUGAAUAUCUAUCUUUCUCUUUAAAUUUAAAUUUAGAAUCGAUUGAUUUUUAACAUCAAGAAAUAUCAAAUUUGUUUGUAGUCUGCUAGAAUCAUAGAAGUGAGAACCAUACAUCCAGAAUUACCUCCCUUGCCUCUCUGUUACCGCCAUUUUCUAAUUGUAGAAAAUAUUUCUUCGAGUCAAAUCACAAAUCAAUUCUUAAAUAACUUCAUCACUUCAUGUUUAUAAUUAUAAACAAGAACUUUCUCUUUCGUUGCUUCUCGAAUCACUUCGCUGGUGUAACACUGACUGAUGCUAAAGCUAGAAUAACCUCCCUUAUUCUAAUGCCAUCGCCAUAUUUCUUUCCAAAUCUGCGACUUUCGUGCGAUGCCGCCGAAUUUUACAUGUUGCAUCCUUUAUAAGUAUCAUGUUGACACAUAUCAGAAUAUCCUGAUAAAACUGCUCAUGGCCACUUGAACUAUGCAAUGGAACUGGUGUUAUUCUUCAAUAUUACAUCAAUUCUGACUGUUGAAUCUGUUUCAUAAGAGUUGUAAUGUUCAUGGUUGGACAACUGAAGCACUACCACCCACAAUGGUAAAGCUUUACUCCUGCCAUGUCUUCAGAUUCUAAUAGAAAUAUCUACUGACAGUUUGAUGAUGAUGAUGAUAUGUGGAUAUUUAUACAUGGAUUAAAGCAUAGUCAAAUCUCUACAGAGAGACCUGCUAUGAAAUAGUUUAAUAAUUACUUUGCACUCGCACGUUCCUAUCUCUUUGUCUGUGUGUCUAUCUUCCAUCAUCAUCAACAACAUCAGCAGCACAUUUUUGUAAGGUAUUUUCCAAAAUGGCUGAAAACUUCCAAUGUAAAUAUUGUAAUGAAAUAUUUACAUCUUUGGCUGAUCUUUCACAGCAUAAAAAAAUUCAUACUUUCUCGUGUGACAUUUGUUCCACUGAAUUUUUGUACAAAUCUUUAUUGUCAACACAUCUGAGGACACACCUGAAGAAGCCUUUCAAAUGUGCAAUAUGUUGUCGCAACUUUGCCAAAUCAGUGCAGUUCAAUGCACACAUGAAAACACAUGAGACUGUCCCUUGUUAUAAAUGCGGUUUCUGUAGCCUCACUUUCACCACAGCUAGCAAUAUGCUUUGCCAUAUUGAAGAACAUCUGCGUACCCGGUAUCAGUGUGGACUCUGCUCCAAAGGGUUUGAGUUACUUGAUGACCUUUCUGAACACUUGCGACUGCAUUUCAAAAUAAAAUCUCUUGGACAACGCAGUAAAAGACCAACUGUUGUUAGCAACAGUAAAGAAACUGUAUCGGACCCAACCUCUACGUCAACUGUUGCUGAUGUCUCUAAGACGUGUGAUCCUAAUGAAGAUAAAAAUGGUGAUAUCACAACUCUGUCUAAGGAUUGCAACGAAGCAGCUAAGCGCAGUGCUAAAGUGCACCAGUGUGAAUACUGCAAUGCCACAUUUAAACGUAAACAUCUGUUGACCACUCAUCGGAGAAUCCAUACUGGUGACCGGCCAUAUAAGUGUAGUUAUUGUGAUAAGAACUUCAGUCGUUAUUAUGCAAUGGUGGCCCAUGAAAGACUCCACACUGGAGAACGUCCGUAUAAAUGUAACCAAUGUGAUAAGUCAUUUACUGUCUCUAGUCACUUAAAUGUUCAUUUCAAACUAAAACAUAUUGGUUUAAGGCCUCAUAAAUGUGACAGAUGUGACAAAGCUUACCGUAGUCCAGGAGAGCUUCGCAUUCACAUCCGUUCUCACACUGGGGACCGACCUUUUUCAUGUGAGGUCUGUGGGAAAAACUAUGCAACCCAAUGUUCACUGACCAUUCAUAAAAAGACGCACUCACCAGACAAAAAACCUUACAUUUGUGAAUUGUGUGGUCUCUCUUAUAAGCAGCCGAGCAGUUUAAGUGUCCAUAUGCGUACUUCACAUGGAAGUGACAAAGAGAAGAAACAUCACUGUGAAUUCUGUCAAAAGAGCUUUCAUAUUGCCGGAAGCCUGCUGCGGCACCGGCGCAUCCACACAAACGAAAGACCUUAUUUAUGUGAUCUUUGUGAUAAGUCAUUUCGGGAAUCUUCAGCUCUCAAAACCCACAAAAGGCGACAACAUCUUGGUGAACGUCCAUAUCAUUGUGAUUGUUGCGACAAGUGUUUCUGUACCCAAACGGAUCUUACUAGACACAAAAAAACCCACAAAGGUCUUGCUGUUCUUUCAUCUCUGGCAGUUAGUAUUGCUGAAAAUAAGCUGAAAGAUGUACCUACUUCUCAGUCUCUCUAUUCAAAACCUACUGAGGAAAUCCAAUUAACUACUUCACAGCUACCAGUAACCAUAGCUCAGCCCGUUGUGUCUCCUCUGACUGUGUCUAUCCCACAACAAACAAUGUCUCCUUUGACUGUUUCUGUUACACAAGAAGAUCCAUCUUCCCUAGCAGUACCCAUCACUUCUGUAUCGAGCUCUCUAGAAGAAAUGUAUGUGGUACCUCAAACCCCAAAUGAAAUAACUUUGUCUCAUGAUAUUUCAUUACACCCCGAAGAAACUUGUGAAAUAACUGCUUCUCACGCAGUGCAAAUAUCUGAACAGUUACAAGAUGUGUCGGCUGAUGUGUCAAUGCCCACUGUCCAGGAUGUGACCUUAUCACAUGACUCUAUGGUGGUUGUCACUGACCAGCAGUCACCUGCUAUUGGUUCAAUGACAUUAACAUUACCUGUCUCCUCUAUCCAUCAAACUCUUCCCUUACAAAGUGAUGUGGCCCUACAUUUUUCACCUCAAAUGUCUCUGACCAUCCCUAACAGCGUUACUUCGUCACAUUCUGUUGUACCAACCACUUCUCAGACAGUAGCUCUCUCACAAGUGGUCCACUCCCUUACGUAGUGUGGAAACGAGUUAUAAAUCUUGUAAUUUUGGCUACUGGAUGUUUAGCAGGUACUCCAAAUGUCAUUCAAGCCUGACAAGUAUUGUAAUGACAAACCUGACGUAGAUAUCUUGUUUUGAUGAAAAACCUGACCUUGAUGUCGGUAACAUGACACUAUUAAUAAUAACUGUUACCAUGGUGAUAGUUACAUCAGUCUACUUAGCAUUGACUCUCUAUUUAGCGUUGAUUCUACUUAGCAGUGACUCUCAACUCCAAUCUGGGUCAGCUUAAAAACCUUCUGCAUUAAUUUUGGAUUUGUAAAUCAAUCCAGUUGUUGUCGGUGGGUCAAGAAGAGAUCAUUAAAUAAGGAGAGAGGAAAUGAUACCUUCAAUGAGUUUGUUGUUAUAAAUGAAUGUAAGUUGUUCUCAUUAAUUAGUUUUUCUGUUAAUUAAAGAACACAAGAAAUCCAUUCAGCAUCUAAUUAAACCCACUCCCCUCACUUCAAAAAUCACGUUCAGUUAUGUUCAGUUUGUGGAAACAAGGAAGAAUUCCAAUUAAUUUAUUUAUUUCAAUUUCUAUUUUCAAUCAUUGAACUUUACAUAAAUGUUCAAUUUUGAGAAAUAAACAGCAAUUUUAUAUUUUUGA